ACAACGCGUCUGCGCAUGCGCGUUGAUCAUGAACGGAUCGGACGUGCUUGAAAUUCGCAAAUUCGACCCCAAAAGAAUUGUGACCAUAAAAUAAGGCGUUCUACUGCAAAGUGACAAGUCACCGAGAGCCAAGAAAUCCAGAAAUUAAAAUUCUAUUAUCUAUUCCUUCCAAUCCAAACAAAAAAAGCAUGCGUGAACGUAGUCAAACUACACCGCGUAGGCGUCGAACUGGACCCAAACAGGCAUUGCCUCCGGGUAGCUCCUCCGAGGGAGUGGGUGCCCUGGAAUCCCCUUAUUACACCAUUGAUAACACCGAGGAUAUCUAUGGCACAACCCUGCUACCCUCGCAACGUUGCUAUGUGGAUCCCUGGGACCUGGAGAACUAUGAUUAUGUGCGGAAAAAGAUCGAUGAUGUCACCAUGGGUGGCCAAGAGGUGGUGGAGCCCGUCUAUGGCAGUGGCAACAACAAUUCCAACAACAAUUCCCUAACACCCAGUCCCACUUAUGGCUACGGCAUGGGCAUGUCAGCCACGAUGCCAAGGCCUCACACCCAGACACGUCGCGUGUCCCGGGCCCAGUGCCAGCUGGAGUGCUGUGUGCCCCAGAGGAGUCACCAGAGCAGGAGGAGGAGCCGCAGUGCCCGCAAAGAGCCACUGUAUACGGCCAGGAGUGAUGUGUAUGGUGCGCCCAGUCGGUAUGAGGACUACAUGGCCACCAUGACCAGGCAACUGCACCUGGACGAUGGCGAGGCAGAGGAGGAGCAAGAGGAGCUCUAUGGCGAGGAGCAGCGGCAGCUAUACAAUGGCUUUGGGGGCUUCUCCAGUACCAGUUCCAUGGAGCAUCCAUCCUCCAUUGGAGACGAACGACCACGGCGGGCCGCCACUCUCCAGCGACGCUCUGUUCCCAGUCAAAAUCACAUGGCCACCAGUGGCUAUGGAACAGCACCACAUCCAAGGCGCAGGCGUAGCAGCAAGAUGGGAAAUCCGAAUCCGAAUCCGAAUCCCAAUCUAAAUCCACCACAGAUCGAAUUUCCCGCCCCACCGCCGCUCUCGCCCGCUUACGACUAUUGCAAUCCGUACGCUACAUUGCCGUACUGCAGCAUACCGGAUUGCAACGAGUGCCAGCAGCAGGCCACGUCCUUAAUAUAUGCCGCUCCCUCGACCCUCUAUGGCACCUUGGGGGUGGACAGGACACUGGAGCGACGCGGAGCAUCCCCACACUCCAGCGGUGGCGACUCCUCGCUCUACUCGGGAAUUUACGCCCGUAAAUUCGGACUGAGCAAGAAGGGCCUGCUCCAGAUCGAUUAUUCCUGCAGUUGGAAUGAUCUAGACCGUGUGAUGCAGCGUCAUUACUGACUGUCACAAGGGAGAUUAAUGGGUUCGGGUUAGGGUUACCUUCACUUCACAACCGGUCAUUGAUAAUUGUCAACUGGAUCGCAGAGAGAAACAUUCAUGUAAUUAAGUCAUCUUGCAUAUAGAACACACAUAAACACCCACACACAAUACCAAAUAACUGAA